GCCACGAGGGCAACCGCACCGACUUCGAUACACGCACCGCCGCCUGGGGAGCGCGCCGCAGCAAACAUGGCGAUGCGAGGGGUGGGGAAGACCACUCGUUCGACCUACAAUGCAGGCGCUCCUUCGAACUACGUCGCCGGUCUCGGCCGCGGUGCCGUUGGCUUCACCACCCGGUCCGAUAUCGGCCCCGCCCGCACCCCUCUCGCCGAGCCGGGGGCCGCCGGCCCGCCCGGCGCCCCCGGCGCCUCUUCCGGCGCUGCGAAAGACCCGGAUUUCGGGCCGGCACCAGUGGGGUACGUGGCCGGGCGUGGGCGCGGGAUGGGCGACCUCGCCAAGUCUAACAGCGAGGGCGGGGCGGGGCGGGGGGGGGGGGGGGGGGCGGGGGCGGGGGCGGCGGGGGCGGCGGGGGCGGUAGACUUGUCGGAGAGUAACUACGACGAGUUCUCGGGGUAUUCGGAGAGACUGUUCGGAGAUACCCCGUACGACAAUGACGACGAGGAGGCGGACAGGAUCUACGAGGGUCACACAGGAGGGGGGUAAACACCAGGGCUUUUUUCUUUUUUUUUUUCUUUUCAUGCCCCACCUUCCUCCUGCGGUGCGUGCUGAAUUUUUAUUUUUAUCGCGAGAAGGGUCCAGUCGUCCCUUUCCCUCGUCAACGGUGCUAACGUCGAAGUUUGGUACUCACGAGAGCUUUUUAGCUAUAUUUCGCUUUCACCCGCAAAUUUCGUACAUUUUUCACCCCACGGGGAUUC